GUGUAAGUCAUAAACAGUAGCAAGCAAGGUCUACCACCACCACCAGCCGCCGGCCCUUUCUACAACAAUCCCCGCCGACCUUUCCCAUUUAAAUACUCCACAAAGAGCGUUUCUUUAACGCCAAAAGCCAUUAUUUUUUCAUUCUUAUAUCUCUCUCUCCCUCUAGGGUUUUGACCAUUGCACAAACCCAAACAUCUCUACCAACCCUCCCACAUUCAUGGCUUCUUUCUCCUCCCUUCUCAGAUCCACCAACCCAUCACCUGCCCUUCAUGCAUCCCACCAAUCACCCUCCACCCCUACACCAUUUCAGGUCUCAUCUUUGAAGGUUCAGUCCAACGUGUUUGGUGCUGCUGUUAGUGGGAAAUCUUCGUCUUUACAGAAGUCUCAUGCAUAUAGCAUUCAGCCCAUCAAAGCUACUGCCACACAGACACCAGUUAGUGUUUCAGAGUCCAGCACAGGUGGGAAGACCAGAGUUGGGAUCAAUGGUUUUGGAAGAAUUGGAAGGUUGGUAUUGAGAAUAGCAACAUUUAGAGAUGAUAUUGAGGUUGUUGCGGUCAAUGACCCUUUUAUUGAUGCCAAGUAUAUGGCUUACAUGUUGAAGUAUGACUCUACUCAUGGCCUAUUUAAAGGAACUAUUAAGGUAGUUGAUGAGUCAACUUUGGAAAUCAAUGGGAAGCAGAUAAAAGUAUCUAGCCAAAGAGACCCAGCAGCGAUUCCUUGGGGUGAUUUUGGAGCCGACUAUGUUGUAGAAUCUUCUGGAGUUUUCACAACGCUUGAUAAGGCUUCAGCACACAAGAAGGGUGGUGCCAAGAAGGUGGUGAUCUCAGCUCCAUCAGCCGAUGCACCCAUGUUUGUUGUAGGAGUAAACGAGACCACUUACAAGCCAAACAUGGAUAUCGUAUCCAAUGCAAGCUGCACCACUAAUUGUUUGGCUCCAUUGGCCAAGGUGGUUCAUGAAGAGUUCGGUAUUGUUGAAGGUUUGAUGACAACUGUCCAUGCAACCACAGCGACACAAAAAACUGUUGAUGGACCUUCAAUGAAGGAUUGGCGUGGAGGUCGUGGUGCUGCACAAAACAUCAUCCCUAGUUCGACUGGUGCUGCCAAGGCUGUAGGGAAGGUUCUACCAGAACUAAAUGGGAAACUAACGGGUAUGGCCUUUAGAGUCCCGACAGCAAAUGUCUCCGUUGUGGAUUUAACUUGUCGACUCGAGAAGAACGCUUCUUAUGAAGAUGUUAAAGCUGCAAUCAAGUACGCCUCUGAGGGUCCCAUGCAAGGAAUUCUCGGAUACACUGAUGAGGAUGUCGUCUCCAAUGACUUUGUUGGUGAUUCCAGGUCAAGUAUUUUUGAUGCAAAGGCCGGCAUAGGGCUAAGUGCAUCAUUUGUGAAAUUGGUGUCGUGGUACGACAAUGAGUGGGGUUACAGCAACCGAGUGUUGGAUUUGAUCGAGCAUAUGGCGUUGGUGGCAGCAGCUUCCCACUAAAGGGGAACAUGUUUGUGAUUUUUUGUCCUUGCUGUUCUAAUAAAAAGGAUGGCAUAGAAUCUUGUUCUGUUUUAUGAACUAUUAGAAUUCUAGGAAAUAAAAGGAUAUAUGCUUUUGGCAUUUGCCACCAGAUAUGAUUAUUUUGGCUUGAUUUUUCUCCCAUAUAUCUACUUAACCAGUCUGAUUUACUA